CUUUGUAUUUUCUUCAAAACAGGCGGAACACGAGAGUCUCUGCUGCCGUCGUGGGUCGUUUGGCCUGGACGAACGGAGGCGAGGAGCCCGACACAGGGUCAUAGCAUGGGGUGAAAGGGGAGUCUCCUCGGCUGACUGGAGUACAGAUGACUAGUGAUGGCCACAGCAUCACCUCAAAAUGUGUUGGAUGACAUAAUAAAUACGGGACAGCAACAACAUGACCAAAAGGAGCAGCAGGAAUUCUUGAACUCGCUGGAGACUGUUGUUCUAGCCAUCGUCCUCUCCAUCAUCAUCAUCAUGACAGUGUUUGGCAACCUAUUGGUCAUGGUAGCACUCUGCAAGGACAGGCACCUGAGAAGGAAAAAGACCAACUUCUUCAUUGUGUCGCUGGCAUUUGCUGACUUAUUGGUUGCACUGCUCGUGAUGCCCUUCGCUGCGAUUGAGCUAACAACUGGCCAGUGGCGUUAUGGAGAGAUUUUCUGCCUGGUGCGAACUUCUCUGGAUGUCUUGUUGACCACAGCGUCCAUUCUGCACCUCUGCUGCAUCGCAUUGGACAGGUAUUAUGCUAUCUGCUGCCAGCCACUGGUCUACAGACACAAGAUGACCCCAAUGAGAGUGGCAGUCAUGCUCAGUGGCUGCUGGCUCAUACCCACACUCAUCUCCUUUCUACCCAUCAUGCAAAGCUGGAAUGCCAUUGGGAUUGAGGACAUUAUUGAACAGAGGCAAACCAUGAUCAGAGACUCCAAUGAAACAAGCUGUAUUUUUCUGGUCAACCGGCCCUAUGCCCUCAUCUGCUCUGCAGUGGCCUUCUAUGUCCCGUUGGCCCUCAUGAUUCUGGCCUAUCAGCGCAUCUAUGUCACCGCCAUGACCCACGUGCGGCAAAUAGAGACGCUUCAGCGCGCCGGUUCUGCUCCCAUCUCGGGAACAGAUCCAGUCGUCACCGUGAGGACCCCCACUUCCUCAGAUCCGCUUGAACAGUACCGCCUGAGGACAGCGAUGGGCUCGUCCUCCUCGGAGCCGGCUCCCUUAGGAAACAGCCGCAUGCGUGUUGAGACUAAGGCGGCCAAGACUCUGGCUAUUAUUAUGGGAUGUUUCUGCCUGUGCUGGGCGCCGUUUUUCAUUACCAAUGUGGUGGACCCUUUUAUCCACUACUCAGUGCCCUGGCAGCUCUGGACAGCCUGGCUGUGGCUUGGGUACAUUAACUCAGGGUUGAACCCCUUCCUCUACGCCUUCCUGAAUCGGGCCUUUCGAAGGGCCUUUCUGGUGAUUCUCUGCUGUGGGAAUGAACGGUAUGCACGUCACGGGAGCUUCCAUGGACACAUCCCAAGACCCUGCUCAGCCGCAUCAGGGAAUGGGACUUCCAUGGCACUAAGACUGUCCUUCCUGCCUAACCGGAGCUACAGCGACAAUGGGCGGACGAUACUUGCCAAAGAGCAGGAGUCCCUAGAAUCCCUCGGACCACUAUGAGGACGACCCUGGAGCACCAACACACCCUCAUCUCAUAUGAGGGACAUUGGAGUCAUAAGAACGCUUGACUUCAGUAAUCUCAAGGGUUUGCUGUGCACUGACCUGACUGAUUCAUGAACAAAGACUCUGUCUUACCUGGAUAUUCACUCUGAUCCCUCAUCAUCACCAGAUGCAUAUCUUAAAGCUUCCAAAGAGCACCUAAAGACUUAGCAGGGUCUCCACACAGCAAAUCAGACCUGACUAGUUUGGACUCUGACUGAAGACGAUAAAGACUUGUGGUGCAGAACUGAAGUGUUUAAUAUUGAAUA